AUGCAGCACGACCCCCCGCGGCGCCGGGAGCGGCGGGCCGAGGCGCGCCUGCUGGCCGCGUCGUCCUUCGGCCGGGACCUGCUGGCGGGCGGCGUGGCGGCCGCCGUGUCCAAGACGGCCGUGGCGCCCGUGGAGCGCGUGAAGCUGCUGCUGCAGGUGCAGGCGUCGUCCAAGCAGAUCCGGCCCGAGGAGCGCUACAAGGGCCUGCUCGACUGCCUGCUGCGGAUCCCGCGCGAGCAGGGUUUCUUCAGUUACUGGCGUGGCAACUUGGCAAAUGUUAUUCGGUAUUUUCCCACACAAGCUUUAAACUUCGCUUUCAAGGACAAAUACAAACAGAUUUUUAUGUCUGGAGUUAACAAGGAGAAGCAGUUCUGGAGGUGGUUUCUGGCAAACCUGGCUUCUGGUGGCGCUGCUGGAGCGACUUCCUUGUGUGUGGUCUACCCCCUGGACUUUGCCCGGACCCGUCUUGGUGUGGACGUCGGGAAAGGACCUGAAGAGCGACAGUUCAAGGGUCUCGGGGACUGUAUCAUGAAAAUAGCAAAAUCAGAUGGCAUUAGAGGCCUGUACCGAGGGUUUGGGGUCUCGGUUCAGGGCAUCGUUGUCUAUCGAGCCUCUUACUUUGGAGCUUAUGACACAAUUAAGGGCGUACUAUCCAUAUCGAAGGAAACCCCUUUCCUGGUCUCCUUUUUUAUUGCUCAAGUUGUGACCACGUGCUCCGGGAUACUCUCGUAUCCCUUUGACACAGUGAGACGACGCAUGAUGAUGCAGAGCGGAGAGGCUGAGCGGCAGUACAGAGGCACCCUGGACUGCUUUAUGAAGAUGUACCAGCAGGAGGGGCUCGUUGCGUUUUUCCGGGGGGCCUUCUCCAAUGUCCUUCGUGGUACAGGAGGUGCUUUGGUAUUAGUGCUGUAUGAUAAAAUUAAAGAAUUCCUUCAUAUUGAUACUGGGGGUAGUUCAUCAGGAGAAUAA